GGUGUUCCCAUGUGCCAGCUCCUGACCCAGUGGAUUUCCCCAAGCCUGCAGGAUCAGAGGGAUGGAGCAACUCCGGGAGGACGUCACCUGCUCCAUCUGCUUGGACGUCUUGAAUGAUCCCGUCUCCAUCGAGUGUGGCCACAACUUCUGCCGGGGCUGCCUCUCCAUUCACUGGAGCAAGGUCUCAGCCCAAGGGCGCCGCUGCCCGGAGUGCCGAGCUCCCUGCUCCGGGGGCAGGAUGAUCCCAGACACACGUGUCAAAAGCCUGGUGGAGAAAUUCACCGAGCUCUUGCGGGAAGAGCCGGAGCCGCAGGGGCCGGGGGCUCCACCGGAGAUGGGGCGCCCGGUGCAGCUGGUGCGUCUGGAUGAGGAAGGGGGCCUGACCCUGGACAAGGAGGCUCUGAGCCACUGCCUGGAGCGGGGUGGGGGACGCCCCCGCUGCCUGGUGUCCAUCAUCGGGGAGCAACGCCUGGGUAAAUCCUUCCUGCUGAACUACCUGCUGCGCCGGCUCCGGAGCCCGGAUGUGAGGGACGGGUCAUGGAUGGGCCGGGAGGACGAGCUCCUGGAGGGGUUCGAGUGGCGCGCCGACAUGCAGCCAGUCACCCACGGUGUGUGGGCGUGGAGUCAGCCCUUCUGGGUCCCCACUGAGGGCGGGAAGGUGGCCGUGCUGCUGGUCGACACCGAGGGAUCCAUGGACCUUAAAAGCAACAAGGAGACCAGCAUCAAACUCUCUGCCAUGUCCAUGCUGCUCAGCUCCUACCAGAUACUGAACGUUGGCCGUCGGCUGAAGGACCCGGAUCUCGAAUACCUGGAGAUGUUUGUGCAGGUGGCCGAAGUGGUGGGGGGGGGCCUACGGACUGGAGCCCAUUCAGCAUCUAGACCUGCUGGUGCGAGAUUCGAAUAUCCCCAGGGUCCUCGGAGCCCAGGGUGGGGAGCAGCAUCUGAGAUACAUCAGACAGCUGGAUUUGUGCUUCCUCCAGCUGUUUCUGAGAAUGAGGCUAAAGAAAUACACAUUAUGCUGAUGGAGACGUCCCCUUGCAAACACCCCAAGACCCUGGAAGCGCUGAGCAGAAGCAGCAGCUGCUGUUACCUGAUGCCCUCCCCUGGCGAGCGGAUCGUGAGUGGAAGCGAGGGAAGGCUGAGAGACAUGGGUGAGAAUUUCCGGGAGAGCCUGAGGGACUACAUCACCACCCUGGUGAGCUCGGCCGGUCAACACAUCCGGACGGACCGGCAUGGGAAGCUGCUCACCGGGACACAGCUCGCUGCCAAGAUAAAGAAUUUAUCUGAUGUGAUGAAGAAACAUCGCUCCGGUUUCUCCUCUCCCUGUCAGAUGGCCAUCACCUUCCACAACCAGAGAGUCCUGGACAGAGCCCACGCAGACCACGCUUUCUUUCUGAAGGAGAAGGACGGCCUGUCCCAGCGCGUGGUCGACUGUCUGAAGGUGGAUCCAGGCGCAAUGGUGAAGCAGUUGGUGGAGCAGCGCAGGUCACUGCUGGGGCGGUGCCGGGAGGAGAUGAAGGAGCCGGCGGAGACCCUGCUGACGGCGCUAGAGGAAGAGCUGACUCGGGAGGCCAAGACCUUCCUGGAGACCUACAGAAGGCGCUACCAGUGUCAUGCCACCAACAAGAGUGAAAUGGACAGAGCCUGCCGAGACCACACUGCCUUUCUGAAGGAGAAGGACACCAAGAACCCAAUUAAAUGCCUGAAGGUGUGGCCGGGCAAGAUGGCAAAGCUGCUCGCAGAGCAGCGUGAGCAGUUGCUGGAGCGGUGCCGGACGCACAUGCUGCCAAAGAAAGAGGUCCUGGGGAUGGAGCUGGAGGUGGAGCUGACGCAGAAGAAAGAGGCCCUGCUGAUGGAGCUGGAGGCGGAGCUGAUGCGGGAGGCCGAGACCUUCCUGGAGAUCUACAGGAAGCGCUUCACGACAUCUGCCAUUGCGGCGGGCGCUGCUGCGGGGACAGUGGUCCUGGCACCGGUGGGUGGAGCUGCUGCUGCGGGAAUUGCCGCUGCGGUCGGCGUGGCUGAAGCUGUGGCGCUCGGCGUGGCUGAGGCGGUGGCCAUUGGUGUUGGGGCAGGCGCCGUGACCGGGAUGUGCGUAGGUGGGGGCGUGGGAGGGGGAGUUGGUGGGAACAUCGCCCGGCAGGAUAUGAACCGGGCCGAGGCCACUGCCAGCCAAGGGGAGGAGGGGGACGGCACUGAGGAUCUGUCUGAUACGGCCCCCCUGAUCUGAACAGCGCCCCUCCCCCAAUCUAGGGAUGAUGAAUGGGGUGACAGGGCAGUAGCGUGGCCCAGCCAUGUCAGCCACAAACCACUCCAGAGCGGGGGAGUCGUCGCCCACACAUUCUAAGACGGGACAUUGGUCCAACCCGCUCUUAAAAACCUCCAAUGACUGUGUGACACACAGGCCUAUCGGUCCCAGCUGGCAGAGGGUUCAGUGCCCUGUGUCAGCAACACCUAACAGGCCUGACAAACUCGCUGCACCUAACACACCGCUGCCAUGGUAUUUAGCCAUAAAGAGUGUCUUGUAAUGCAUCGAAUGCAACCCAGGAGCUCAUCUGUGUGAAAUGUCGGCCCUGUCGUGAGGUGAGGAGCUACGCAUAUAUGUACAUAUGGAGAACACAUUUUCAAGUCUGAAUAAAGGCAAACCUUUGGGGGAUAGAAAGAGAAGGUAAACGAAUGCCCUUGUAUCCUUCACCCAUGAAGCAAAGGGGCAAUGAUUUGGCAAGAGGGAGCCCAGCCAUGUUAGCCAGAGAUGCAAGGAGCUUGGUUUAGAUGGGGUAACCUACUUUAGCUUGUUCCAUUUGGACUCUAGGAAGCAUGUGACACUUUUGCUGUCUAUGUGCCACCCUUCUGUCAGCGGCAUCGGCAGCUACCAGGGCCAGCUCGAGCCACUCCUCUCUCUCCCCCCAGUCAUCUGGGAACCUGUAACCACGCUGGGCGCCUUUGCCUGGCAAGUCUGUACCCACUCGCCAGCGCAGAGGGUUGAAGGAAUGAACUUUGUUGGUGGCGGAAAGAAAACAGAAAGUCUGAGUUGAACUGGGGACGUAUAUUUACAGUUUAACGUCUUCCGCUGCUGUGUACCUCAGGGUGGAUCAGUCACAGUCCCAAACAAAGGGGACCCUGAACGCAGUUUGUUCUGUCCCCCACCCUCAGCUCAUGGCUCCUUGUCCUAAAUAUAAAGGGAAGGGUAACAACCUUCAUGUAUGCAGUAACAUUAAAUCCCUCAAGGCCAGAGGCACAGAAUCAAUUACCUGUAAGGGGUUAAUCAGUUCCAUUAACCUAGUUGGCACCUGACCAGAAGGACCAAUGGGAAAAGAAGAUACUUUCAAAUCUGGGUGGGGGAAGGUUUGUUUGGGCUUGUUUUGUGUGUUCUCUCUUGGGACAAAGAGAGAGACCAAGCAGGUAAUCCAGCUCCUACUGAAAUGAUACAUCUAAAAUUACAGAAAUUGUAAGUAAUAGCAAGGAAAUGCAUUUUUUGUUUUAGCUUAUGAAUUUUCCAUAUGCA